AUGGCCCGGGAACGUGUGGACCGCCAACGUGCCCGAACACCGAGCCAGCUGCAGUAUUGCAAUGAUCUCGAAGUCCUCACUGUGUCCGGAGUUUCCGGGUGCACUUGCGGCUCUGGGCAGCAGUUGACGGAAGAGCACGAGCGAUUGGCGUCGCAAAGUCGAAGCCUGGUGUCUCGUGCAGAUGCGGUGUCCAUCCGGGAGGAGGAGUUGGAACAACGUCUCGAAGGCCUGGAUCCGGAGGCGGAGCGCUUGCAGCUGGCCGAGGAGGAGCUGCGCUGGUCUUUGCAGGACGUGGAGGCUGCCCGAGUCGAGGCGGAGCAGGCCUUACAGGAGGUCCGGGGCCGCGAGCAGGCCUUGGUGCAAGUGGAGGAGGAUCUUUGUCAGGCAGCUGAUGAGCUGACUGCGCUCGAACAGAAGGUUGUGGAGAAGGAGUCUGCAUUGGUUCAGGACGAGUCCAAUCUGAUUGAGGUGCGAAAUGCCGCAGAGGAGGAGAUCAGCCGAAUUCAAGAGAAACACGACCUCAUCGAGCAGGAGACCUUCUCGCUGCGCAGCGAGUUCGAAGACCUGGGAAACCUGCUCGACGAGGUGGAGCGCGAGCAGUGGUCUCUUGAGUCAGACCGCAGCCUGCUGGAAGAGAUCGAGUCUCAGGUCGAGCCCAUCCGCCGGAAGCUUAUGGAACGAGAGCGGCGCUUGCACAGCGAGGAGGAGGAGCUCAAGGCUCUUGAGGCGGAUUACGAGGAAAGGGAAGCGCAGCUGGCGCCCGAGUAUGAAGAGAGCGCGCAAGCCGCGGCUACGAUUCUGAAUCGCCAGCAAGAGCUCGAUCGUCAGAUCGAGGAGAGCCGCCAGCAGCAGCAGCGGCUGCUGCAGCAGCUGCAAGAUCUCAACGACGGCAAGAGUGCCGACUGCGUCGCCUCGGAGGAGAUCCACGACAGACUCGUGCACCUCCGGAACGCCGAAAGUGAUUGGGCCCUGCGCUUACCGGCGCCAAGUCUCGGGCUUUGGAUCAGGACGGCUCUGUACACCUUCCUUUGCUGCCUGGCGGCGCGACUUGCGUUCCUGGUGGCGCAUGGGCUGACCCUCGUGGUAUCCUUGAAUGAGAUCACUACUGGCCAAGCCAAUUGGUGGUUAAUGUUCCUUCCCAUUUGGGUUGGAUGUGCUUCAUGCACGUUAUUGCUGAUGAUCGCAUGGUGUGCGUCUUGCCCGUACAUCAAGCUAUGUCUCUCAGAGCGUCAGCCGCGCUUGAAUGACAACCCCAGUAUAUUGACCGAGGUGCUUCCAGAGAUUGUGCUGACCAUUCCUGGGCUGCUCUUCCUCGUGCUGGCGUUUUGCAGUGAGUAUCAUGUCUGUCAGUACUUGACCGCUGCCCAAGCAGGCGCCGAAAGUUCUCCAACUGGUUUGACAACUCUUCUGAUCAUGGUGAGCCUGCUAUCUCUUUGUCAAGGGGCUCUCUUCAAGGACAACUCCGCUCUGUGGCUUUCGUUAGGUGCUGGGCUCCUGACUUCUGCGAUUUGCUUUGCAGCCACCCGCAAAAGCUCAGCUCAACAGGCUUUGGUAGUGGCUCCCUUCGUUUUUGUGGUGGCCUGCCUGCUGCUGGCAUCUGUGCACAGGCUGAAGCAGUAUGCCGCCGUGCUGCGGGCGGACGAGAAGACCUUGCUGCAGACCGAGGCAUGCCUCUUGGGCAUCCUGGGGGUUUGCCUGGUGUCAGUGACCUACAAAGUUUCAGUGGACAAGCUCAAAGAGGCAAGUCCUGAAGGAUGUUCAUCUGGAAUCCUCCUCUGCCUGCUUGCACUUCCACGAGCUCAGCUUUGCAUCUGGGAGGCACAAAGAGGGCUGUUGGAGGACCGCACGUUCUCGGGCCAGGCAAGAAUUUCUGUAGGAUCCUCUGAGGUUCAAAUUGGGAUGGCAGAGCCCGCCCUCGCAGCCUCUUGA